AAAAAGUGAAGUCUAUCACUCUCAAACACCACUACACCCUCAAAAAGAGAGCCUUGAAAUUAUGUCAAUUACAACAGGAAUAUGCUAUUUUGUUGCAAUUUUAUUGCUUUUGGGAUCACUCAAAGUGUAUUCCUUAGAAUGUGAAGAUGCAUGAUCGCUGCAAAACUGGGUUGUGCAACACCACUGGUGCUUGCAUUUGCAAAUUCCCUGAUCCUUCCACUAUCUUAGAUGGCGAUCGAAGUUUUCUCGGGGGAAAAUUUUGUGAUGAAGAAAUGAUAAUGUGUGAUGGGACAAACUCCUUUUCGUGUGAGCAUGGUGCUAUUUGUGAGGAAAUUGUUCAAGGAGAGAAGUAUUCAUGCAAAUGUCCCUCUGGAUUUGCUGGAGAACAUUGUGAGCAAGCUGGAGUACCAUGUGGUCAGAUUUUCUGUUUCCAUCAUGCUCAAUGCUUGGAUGAAGCAGGUUAUGUUUGCCAGUGUCCAUCGGAUUGGAAAGGAAGCGAUGAUUGUUCUAUACCAACCACUUCAACAGGUUCCUAUUCCUUAAUUCUCACUACUCACAACUCAGUUUUGAUGCUUAUUGCUUUUGAAAAGUAUUCUUUCAGAAAUAGGGUCUUUUUAAAUUGACUUAUUUGAUUUUAUUUACUGACAUAAACACUUGUGAGAUUGUCUGGGAGAACUUAUAAGAACGGCUUAUGGCAUGUUGAUAAGCUGUUUUCAGCUUUUUUGUAUAAGCUCUCUAGGAUUGCUAAUGAAACAACAUGACAAAGCUAGUGAUUUAGAAAAAAAUCAACUUAUAUUAUAGGCUUUCUGUUGGAACACUAGUGUAUAAUGGAAAAAAACUUGGAGUAUACUAGUGAGUUUGUGGAGCCUUUGGAAUGUAAACACAAGGAUGGAGAAACUAGUGUAAAGUGUGAAUUGAAAAUUUUAUGUCCCACAUCGGGUAGAUCACACACUUUAAUAGAAAUCCUCCUUAUAAAUUGAGAGCUCGGGAAUAGUAUUCUUCACUCCAAAACUGAGAAUCGAAUACUCUUCUCUGGUUUUCUCUCCUCUCUUCUCCCUCCCGCGGUUUGUGUUGACGAACCGUUCUUUCUUUCCUCCUUCUUUGGUUUAUCGAGUGGUCUACGUACCAUAUUAGAGUGGUUUUUCGAAACUUUUCGAAAACCAUAUUGAGGUGUUAUUCUCGAGCGAUUUCUGGCAGUGCAGCCUUUAAUCGUACAGUUAGAAUCUGGACUGUUUUAUCCUGGAGACGGCGCGGUUGCUAGUCUACCUUGCACCACUUAGGUAGUGCCGCGAAACGUCUUAAAGAAAGCGACCUGGUCGUGACUCA